UUAACAUUGUUGAGCGGCUUAUCACUCACAUGGUUUCUGUGCCCUUUGCCUCAUGCUGCAGUGUACACAAAAGAAAUAUACGACUUAAUGAGUUGUAACAAUAUUGAAAGUUCCCGUGGUUGUUCCAGCAAAAAAGAAGCUAGUAAUCUGACCAUGUCCUCACCAUUGUCCUUUCCUUCUCAUCUUUUGGCUUCCAACACUUGUCACAUAAUCCUGUUAAUGUUGUGCCUCUGCUCUUGCAGCCUCCAAGUGAAGCCCAGUGGCGAGAUAUUGCUGAAGGUUUCUGGCAACGCUGGCAAUUUCCCAACUGCCUUGGGGCAGUGGAUGGAAAACAUGUACAGAUCAAGUGCCCGAAUAAGUCGGGAAGCUUGUACUUCAACUAUAAGGUAAUAAGUGUACUGCACACUGAAGCGCAUUAUUUUUUGCCAGUUCAAGAGCUUGCAGGUUGCUGUACACAACCUCAUUUUUACAGCUUGCAAUUUUCCUUUUCAGCAUGUUGCGUAAAGCAAUUUCUAUCUUGCUUUUGAUUUUAUUUGCAGAGAACUUACUCGGUUGUCCUGAUGGCCGUUGUGGACAGCCAGUACCUCUUUAGGCUCAUAGAUGUUGGCGCCCCUGGGAGACUGAGUGAUGGAGGCAUAUUCAAGGACUCCCCCAUUGGAAAGCGGCUGGAAAAGGGCGAACUGGGCUUUCCAAGGGCUGCUCAACUGCCAGCAUCUUCCAAAAGUUCCCCUCAUGUCUUCAUUGGGGAUGAGGCCUUUCAGCUGCGGCCUGAUUUCAUGAGACCUUUGCCAGGCAGCCGGACCGAGCCAAAGGACAUAGUGUUCAACUAUCGUCUUAGCCGUGCAAGAAGGUGCGUGGAAAAUGCUUUUGGCAUUCUUGCCUCAAGGUGGCGCAUCUAUCAAAAGACGAUAGAUCUGAGUCCAAAAAACGUUGACAGUGUAAUUAAGGCCACAUGCGUGCUGCACAAUUUCUUGUGCCUUGAAUGCAACGGAGGCGAUCACUACUGCCCUCCUGGGUAUGCUGACUCUGAGGACACCUUUGGGAAUCUUCGUGAAGGAGUCUGGAGGCAAAACAACGCAGCGACUGGGAUGCUUCCGAUACAAGGCACAAGGGCGCGAAAGAGCUCGCAAAGCGCAGCUGUUGUGCGCUCUGUCUUUAUUGAUUUCUUUUUCAAUGAAGGACAGGUACCGUGGCAGUGGAACCAGCCAGGAAUUGAGUGAUAUUUUUGCCACUGAGUGCCUAUUUCUUCAUUUCAUUUUACUGGUCUAAAUCAUGAAACGCUAACCAUGUGCUUUAUUUUUAUGCAGUUUCUAGUAGCCCUGGCAUUUGUGCAAGUUCGUGCACAAGUUUCCUUUAUGCAUCCCCUCCGUCUUUCUUUUUGAUUCUUUUAUUGGCCUAUUGCUGUACAUUUUAUCUACCUAAUCAGAUCAUGUAUAGUUGUUUGUACCUAGGAAAUGAAGUGAACUUGAUAUGCUGCCUUUUUCCUGCCCGACAUGCUUGUCACACAGUUUAUAUACAACUGGACCUUGGGUAGUAUAGACUCUGUUCUCUCUUGUUGUUGAGUGGUUGUGGCG